AUGUACCACGACAAGAGAUUCCAAGUCGAUGAAUAUUUUCCUUUCAUCGUCUUUAAUCAAGAUCAGAUCUCCCAGGCAUCUAUAGCAGGAAUUCUCAUGGCUAAGCGAAAACACAUGCGCCACCUACCAAACAGAAUCAAAAUGUUGGACCAAGAAGCUCUGGAGUCUCUUAUUCGACGUGGCGAAGAGGGAGAAUAUCUGAAGCCUGAAACACCUGCGGAACAGAAUUGCUUUGAUAUAUUGCGUGACUUACAGUAUGUUCACGGACAUGUUCAGGGAUCUACAACAGCUAGAAAGUCUCUCCGAAAAGAAAUUAAAUCUUUGAUGUACGAGAAUGGUGCUUUCACCCUCUUUGUUACAUUUUCUCCAGUGGAUUUCAAACACCCCAUAUGCCUCUACUAUUCUGACACCAAUGGAAGGACUAUGACAGAGCUAAACACUCGUUUUCCCGAUGUUGGAGAGCGAUUACGAAUGAUAUCAUCGAAUCCAGUUGCCUGUGCCCGAUUCUUUCAUUUAAUGGUAGACCUGUUUGUGAAGAAGCUCUUGCGGCCAACGGAAGGAGGAGGACUAUUUGGAGACACAGAGGCGUACUAUGGAACGUGA